AUGUCGGACGAAGGAUCAGUUUCAGAUUCAUCAGGUCUUGACUCACUUGUGAACUCCUCACUUUCACUAUUCAAAAGUAACGAACGUUGUGUUAUUUGUGAUAAGCCGAAAACAAAUUUCUGUCAGCGAUGCAUGUCCGCCAAGUACUGCUCUAAAGAAUGUCAAGCCGACGACUUUCCCAUUCACAAAUUGUUGUGCGCCGAAUACGAACGCAUGUCCAAAUCUACCAGACCAACUCCGAAUGCGAAAAUUGCAUUCUUCUUUGGUGCUCCUAUGACUGGAGAGACACCAAAGCCAAAGCUAAUUUGGUGGGACAAGGAGAGACGUGUCAUGAAAGAUGGUACUGGAAGGGUAACUUACACCAAUGUUCUUGCUGAGGGGGGGCGAUAUGAAGAUCCCGAGGUUGGUACGACCACCAUAUUGAACGAUUUCGCACGUGGUGAUCAUUCCAAUGAUCAUACUGCUCCCACGGGUAGAAUCCUCGGUCAUACUCUCGCCGUCCACUAUCGUCAUAAACAAGGAUUCAACUCGUCCGUCGCAAAUCUCGGCAUCUUCAAGGCCACAGGUUACAAUUUAGCGAAGAUGUGGAACGGUCCGGUAGUUAUCUACAGCUUGGAGGAUAUGCACAUGCCAUAUUCUGACCUUCGCAAGGUUUUCCAAGAUGUGACAAUGUUCGAUUUUCGAAUAGGAAUCAACUAUUUCAAGUUUUACAUGAACAAGGGUGGUCGUUCAAAUGGUGGUCCAGAAGCACUCUCGGUAGGCGGAAUGUUUCAAUAUGAAAUACAUGAGCCCAAACUAUUUGAGGAGCUCAUGGUCAGAUACGCAGGAGAUGCGAAGCCGAUCAAGGGCGUUCGGAUAUCAUGUCAGGGGGAUAUCAAUCGUCUUCACAAGAAGGAAUACCAAGUCAUGGAUGUCCUUCCAAAUCAUCCCAUCUUCUUUGCCGAUCAACCAGAUCCUCAUGCUUCCAUCCUUAAACAGCUUGGGCUCCCGUUAAUCGCUCGCAAGUUUUUAUCCUGA